AUAAGAGGCCCAACUCAUUUCCAUGGUUAGCUUACGGCUACUAUAAGUUAAACGAAUGAAAAUUUUAGACUAAACCCAGAAAGAAAAAACAUCAAAUCCAUGGCUUCUCUUUGGCAACUUUCUCUUCUUUUACUAUUCCCUCUGUUAUUUUUCUUCUUGAAAAGGAAACUACAAGCUAAGACUCGUAUAAAGAAUCAUCCCCCAGGCCCUCCUAGCCUUCCAAUUAUCGGCAAUUUUCACCAACUUGGAGUAUUGCCUCAUCAAUCUUUGUGGCAACAUUCUAAGAAAUACGGUCCUGUCAUGCUCGUAAAACUUGGUCGUGUUCCUACUGUUAUCAUUUCUUCUUCAGGAGCAGCAAAGGAACUCUUCAAAACUCAUGAUCUGAACAGUUGUAGCAGACCUCUUUUGACUGGUAGCGGAAAGCUAUCUUACAACUAUCUUGAUAUAGCUUUUACACCUUAUGGAGAUUACUGGAGAGAUAUGAGAAAGCUUUGUGUUCUUGAACUCUUUAGUGCUAAAAGAGUGCAGUCUUUUCAAUUCAUUAGAGAACAAGAGGUGUCUUUGCUAAUUGAUUCCAUUUCUAAAUCUUCUUCUUCUUGUCCUGUAGAUCUGAGUGAAAAAGCUAUGACCCUUACUGCUAAUAUAAUAUGUAGAGCAGCUUUUGGCAAAAGUUUCCAAGAAAGAGGAUUAAACCAUGAAAGAUUUCAAGAAGCAAUUCAUGAAGGUUUGGCUAUGUUGGGGAGUUUUUCUGCAGCUGAUUUCUUCCCUUAUGUAGGUUGGAUUGUUGAUAGAAUAACUGGUCUCCAUGCAAGACUCGAAAGAAACUUUCAAGAAUUUGAUACUUUCUAUCAGAAGAUCAUUGAUGAUCACAUCCAAAAAGGAAGAAAAGACGGGAGUCAACAAGUAGAAGAUAUUAUUGAUGUUUUGCUUGAACUGGAAAAAUCUCACCGUGAAGAAUUUGGAGCUUUUCAAUUUUCCAAAGAUCAUAUUAAAGCUAUUCUUAUGAAUAUUUUCUUGGCUGGAGUGGACACUGGAGCAAUAACCUUAGCAUGGGCUAUGACAGAACUUAUUAGAAACCCAAGAGUGAUGAAAAAAGCACAAGAAGAAAUAAGAAGUUGCAUCGGAGAUAAAAGAAAAGUAUCUGAAAUUGACAUUGAAAAGUUUGGAUACUUAAAAAUAGUAUUGAAAGAAACUUUGAGAAUACACCCACCAAGUGUGCUACUAAUUCCAAGGGAAACUAUGGCACAAUUCAGCAUCAAUGGGUAUGAUAUUUAUCCCAAAACUCGAAUUCAAGUAAAUGUAUGGGCGAUGGGAAGAGAUCCAAAAAUAUGGAAGAACCCUCAAGAGUUUUAUCCUGAGAGAUUCUUAGACAGUUCUAUUGAUUAUAAAGGGAUGAAUUAUGAACUGUUACCAUUUGGUGGUGGAAGGAGAGGCUGCCCCGGUAUAACUAUGGGAAUGACCACUGUAGAACUUGCACUUGCAAAUCUUUUGUUUUAUUUUGAUUGGAAAUUGCCUUAUAAUAUGAAGAUAGAAGAUAUCAACAUGGAAGAAGCACCUGGUCUUACUAUCCAUAAAAAAGAACCUCUAUUGCUUGUGCCAACUAUAUACCAACCAGUGUCAAAAAACUGAUCAUGUAAUAGCUAGUUAGUUAAUUAUAGCUAGGAAAUAAGCUCUAAUCUGUGCAUUAAUAAUGUAAACUAAAAUGCACCAAUAAAUAAUUUAUUUUAUUUGUGAAA